UGUUAUCACGUCAACCAUGUCUGCAAUUCCUCCAUCGGUUUCACAAAACUCUUCGGGGUUCCAUGAUUUCUUUCCCGUGAUGUCCAACAAGCUCGGAGGGGAUGGUCUGAUAGGGGAGCUCUGCAAUGGGUUCAGCCUGUUGAUGGACACUGAGAAAGGGGUCAUCACUUUUGAUAGCUUGAAGAAGAAUUCGGCGCUUUUGGGGUUAGAGGACUUGACGGAUGAUGAUUUGAGGUCUAUGAUGAAAGAAGGUGAUUUCGAUGGCGAUGGUGCGCUUAACCAGAUGGAGUUUUGUGUGUUGAUGUUCAGGUUGAGCCCUGAGUUGAUGGAAGCGUCUCGGUUUUUGUUAGAGGAGGCUUUCGAACAUGAAUUCAAGGAUUUCCAUUGAUACCUUUUGAUACUUCUUAGUUUCUUUGCUUGUUUG